AUGGUGCCGGCGCGCAACAAGAACUACCACCAGCUCAUGCGCGGACUGCGGCUGGGUCGCUACCCGGGUGACCUGCACAACCAGUUCGACCACCUCUUCUUCACCGGCGACCUCAACUACCGCAUCGCCAUGGAGCGCGAGGACGUGCUGCGGCUCAUCCACGACCGCCGCUGGGACACGCUCUACGCCAACGACCAGCUGCGCGACCAGCGCGCACAGAACAAGGUCUUCUGCGAGUUCAACGAGGGCGCGAUCGACUUUGCGCCCACCUACCGAUACAACCGCGGCGAUCGCACCUACAGCGAAGAGAAACUGCGGGUGCCGUCGUAUACGGACCGCGUGCUCUGGAAGUCGCUGACGCCAGACCGAAGCGCGCAGUUGCUAUCGUACGAGGCCCACGACGGAAUCAUGACCAGCGACCACAGUCCCAUCUCCGCGGUCUUCUCCCUCGACGUGCUGUUGCCGCCCCUGCCCGACGAGAACUCGAAGAGAUGUGUGAUCAUUAUCUCGCGAUUGCGAGCGACCAAUAUCGGAGUCCACCGAAAGAUCAAGGAACAGAAGCGGGAGCAGAAGGAGGCGAAGAAGGACAGGGACCACAAGGAGCAGAGGGCCAAGGAGCAGAAGCGAGAGCUCAAAGAGCUCAAGCGAGAACUCAAAGAGCUCAAGAAGGAGCACAAAGAACUCACCAAGGAAAAGAAGAAGGACAAGAAGGACAAAGAGAAGGAGGUGAAUGCCUACGUGGCCUUCAGCGGCCCAUUCCUCGAUGGAAUGCACAAGACCGGUGUCGUCCCACGACGAUCCGAUCCUGUGUGGGAAGACAAGGACGUGCCGAUACUGGAGCCGCUGGCCUCGACCAAGCACUACCUCAAGCGCCAGAUGCUCUUCAUGGCGGUGCGCGGCCAGAGCGUCGCGUCGUCGGACGAGCUGGGCCAGGGCGUGCUCUCGCUGUGGGAGGCCUGCCGCCGCGACGGCCAGCCCGUCGACUUUGAGGUGCCCCUGCGCGACAAGGGCAAGGCCGCCGGCACCCUGUGCGGCCGGCUCAUCGUCAAGUGGGAGGACCGACGCGCCGAGCGCCACGCGCGACUGCUCGACGUGAGCCUCAACCUGCGCCAGUCCCAGCAGGCGCCCGGCGGCGCCACCACCACCACCACCAAGCCGCUCGACUCGCUGCUCCUGGCAUCAGCUGCCGCCGCCGCCGCCGCCUCAGCCUCGUCAACCAUCGAAGAACUGGUCGCCCAGGGCCCCGGCGUGGCACAGCCGCAACCACAAGGACCCCAGCCGUGA